UCGGUAAGAAGGAGCGUUCUAUCUGUCAAUUUGAUAUUUUUCAGUUGAUCAGUUUUAAUUUUGUUUCUGAGACGGUUUUAUUUUUUUUAUUAAAAUUGUGAGAUUUUCCUCUUUUGUCCGGUAUCACGAUGGGGGAGAACAAUUAUCUCUCGGCUUACAAAAUGAUCAACUCCCAGUUGGUGUUGAAUAACCAAAAACUGAAGGAAGAAAUAAAGGACAAAAUUGAAAUGAUCAAUGAACUUAACGAGCAGCUUUUCAAAUACCGAGAAGAAAAUAAGACGUUGCGUGAAAUGGUGCAGAAGCUGUUGGAACAAUUCAAAACCAUCACAACAAUUAUGGUAUCGGUGCGAGACCAGAGCGAAUCCGUUUUCAACGUCGUUUACAACGAACACGCUAUGAAAGAAACUGAGCAGCAAAUGCGAAGACCGUUAGCCGGCAUAUUUUACGAACGACGUCGCACAGAAUGUCCACCAUAUACUGAUGAAGCAGCUAUCCUGGAGGGUGAGGACGAAAAUCUUUCGAUGGAAGACUACCGGCCUGCUAUUAGUAGAGUGGAAGAAGAAGAAGAAUUACACGAAGAGGAGCUUGAGAGCAACUUCGUUCUUUCAAAAAGUCCUUUGAUCAAGCGGUUAGAGCGGAAAUCACGGAACCGCAGCUUCGACGAGUCGUUUGAAACGAUAGAUACAAACCGGGUCGUGAAGGUGGCUCGCAAAAGCCAGGAAUAUCUGCAUGGACGAGAUUCCCGGGAAAGUAAGCACAGUGAUGAUGAGAGUAUGAGAGAGACGGUUGUUUCAGAAGAGAUGGACAUCAGUCAGACCGCUAAUUUGCCUCAGAUCAUUUUGCAGGAGGCAUCGAAGAACGAAUCAACGAACGUAGAAGUGAUCGAUCAAAGCUCAACAAUUCGUAAUAAUUUUGAAUUGAGCAUUUCUUCAGAUCAUUCGGGAAUGCCAAGUGAUCACAGCGUCCAAAGUGAUCUAAAUCCUGUUACAGAUCAGAGUCUCCGGCCAGCUACAAUAAAACGUAUGGCUAGCGAGUCGAUGCUCAAUACGCUUAUUGAACAAGAGAUCAACAAAGAGAACUCAGGUACAAAUGACACGAUCUCGAAUGCAACCUGCUCGACACCACUCUCCAGGAACCGUCGUCCACGGAUAAAGGCAACCAUGCAUUCACCUAUGUCCCCAGUUCCAUUAGUAUCGCUCAAACCAUUGACUAAGGAAAAUCUCAGCCAGCAUAACAUUUCGUUCGAUUCGUUAGUCUUCAAAACAAGUAAAUGUCUCAAGCAGGAUGAUUUGGAUCGCAGUGAACAGGCUAGUACGGAAUCGAACGACUCUAGAAGGCCACGAAGAAAAGCUGCACCAAAGGUACUGAAAGAAGCAAAAUUAAAAUCGAAACUUCGGAGGACGUAGUUAUCUCUGACUACAUAGAUUUUGAACUGGUUGACAUGUUAAUUUUAUUUAGACGGUACAAUAGGUAAGUUUUAGUUAUCGCGUUCGCCAACGCAGAUCUUACGCGUGUUGGAGCGCUGAUCUACGUACGAUUAUUUGUAAAUGCUAUUUUCACAUAAACUUUGAUUAAGAAGCGCGCUUUUCAUGUGCAAAAACAA